ACUACGUAAGCGGAGGAAGUUCAAGGUCUAACAGGAUUGUCACUCGUCGACACCUAUCCUGAACUAAGGUAGUCAACUGCUUUUCCAGUCGUUGCCCUCACUCUUCACAUCAACAUCCCGUGCUCCGUACAGGUACAGGCAUCGCAAAUGUACCGAGCCGUUACUAAAGCCUUUGGCCCUGCAAAAGAUGUAGUCCAAAUCGAGGAGUACACGCCCUCACCCCCGGGCCCGGGACAAGUCCGCGUCCGCAUGCUCCUCGCGAGUAUCAACCCCUCGGACCUGGUGACAAUUUCAGGUGCUUACGCCUCAAGAACGACGCUCCCCCACGUCCCUGGCUUCGAGGGCGUCGGCGUUGUAGAGUCUCUCGGCGAGGGGGUGAGUACCAACGACCUGAAGCUGGGCCAGCGCGUGUUGCCGCUUGGAGGUGCCGGAGCGUGGCAGGCGAUGAGGGUCGUUGAAGCAAAGUGGUGCUUUGCGGUGCCGGCGGAUUUGGGGGAUGAGGAGGCUGCCAUGGCGUACAUCAACCCGCUUACGGCGUCGAGGAUGGUGAGGGAGUAUGCCCCGCCGCCAGAGGGUUCGAGUUCACAGACGGGAGGAGCGGUUCUCGUGAAUGCUGCUCUGUCCGCUAUUGGGCGCAUGAUUAUCCGGUUGCUAAAUGCAAGGGGCAUCAAACCCAUUGCCCUCGUGAGGCGACCUGAGUCAAAGGAGCACUUAUCGCAUCUGCCGGAGCUGGAUGUGUCUGCCGUGGUAUGCUCAUCUGGCGACGGCUUACGAGAAAGACUACUCCAGUCCACUGGAGGACGGGGGAUUUCCGUGGCAUACGAUGCCGUAGGCGGAUCCGAGGGCGAUGAGGUUGUGCGGGCUCUCACGCCGGAUGGGAUACUCGUUCACUAUGGGUUGCUGUCUGGACAGCCGCUGUCGUUCCGGUUACGGGAGGAGUGUCCUAGGGCCCGGAUUGUCAUGUAUCGACUUCGGGAUUGGGUUUAUGCCGUUGAGAGGGAGGAAGUGCAGGCCGCGCUGGACCAGGUUUUCCAACGUAUUCGGGAGGGGGCUUUGACGUCGAGGGUUGCGGCGAGGUUUGGGCUCUUGGAGAUUCAUCGGGCGUUGGAGGUUGAGGCGGGGAUGGGGAG